CUCUCUCUCUCUCUCUCUCUCUCCUAGAAGACCAUGCCCGCCUGAAAACUGCCAUGCCACCGCCGCCGCCGUCCACGACAUCGUCACCGGCCUUCACCGUGAUCUGCCUCCUCCACUCGGCGAUCGCGAUCACGUGCGGCGCGUGCAUGAUGUUCUACAUGACGGACCUCUACACCUUCGGCCACGGCACCGAGACGGCGCAGAAGCUCCUCGGCUCGACGCCGCACGACCAGCUCCUGAUCCGGACCUCCGACUCCUUCUCCGGCCUCCUCCUCUUCGCAAUCGGCUUCCUCCUCCUCAUGGUCGCCUUCGUUAGGGACCGCGACUUCCAUAGCUUCUUCGCCAAGGGAUGCACGGUCCUCCACGUCUUCAUGGGCCUGUGGCGGUGCUACUUUGAGCGCAGGGUGGAGGAUCUCGCCUGGGAUUGGCUCCGCCAGACCGUCGGCGACGUCGUUUUGGCUCUCUCUUGGGUUUUCUUCCUUGUGUACUCGUGGAGAGAAAAGUACGAUUAAGCCCCUCCCUCUUUUUCUCUCCUUCUCUCUUACUAUUCUUACCGCUUGUUGAAAAAAGCUUGUAUCAAGGAUUGGGGUGGGGGUUAAAGUGUCAAUGAUUUGAGUUCGUGUUUGGGUGUUUUUCUGUUGAGUUAAAAGUAAAUUUCGAUUUUUCUUGUUUGGUGUUUUACUUACACGAUAGUGGAAUGGUGAAUAAAAAUUCAUAUUUUGAUGGUAA